GCACCCUGGCCGCUCUUGAGUUGGGGAAGGAAUUAAGGAGGCUGUGCCUCCGGGUUGCGCGAAGAGUCCAAGUCAUUUCUCAGAAACCUCCGAUAGGUGGUCCUUAGAGAAAACGCCGCCGGGCGCCGCCAGGAUAAGGAAUCGCACCCUCGCCUGCCUGCUUGGGAGAGACAGAACCUGGCACUUCUCAGGGUGAAGGUGAGGGAGAGGCUGUAAAUCAGCCAGAAGAGCCUCGAAGUCCUCCAACGGCCCCGUGAAAGGAGGUGACCCCCCCACCAGGAGAGAUGGUCUCCGGGUUCGGCCCCGCCUAGCGGCAGCUCCAGCUUCCCAGGGAAUGUUCCACUAGCGCCAUGGACCGAGCCCGCGGUGCGGCCCUGCAGCUGCGCCCGCUCCCGCCCACAAGCAGCGCAGACCCCGGCGGCAGCGAGGCUUCCUUCUCCUACAAGGAAAACCUGAUCGGCGCCCUUUUGGCAAUUUUCGGGCACCUUGUGGUCAGCAUCGCGCUUAACCUGCAGAAGUACUGCCACAUCCGCCUGGCAGGCUCCAAGGAUCCCCGGGCCUACUUCAAGACCAAAACAUGGUGGCUGGGCCUGUUCCUGAUGCUGCUGGGCGAGCUGGGUGUGUUCGCCUCCUAUGCCUUCGCUCCGCUGUCACUGAUCGUGCCCCUCAGCGCCGUCUCCGUGAUUGCUAGCGCCAUCAUAGGAAUCAUAUUCAUCAAAGAAAAAUGGAAACCUAAAGACUUCCUGAGGCGCUACGUCUUGUCCUUUGUUGGCUGCGGUUUGGCCAUCGUGGGCACCUACUUGCUGGUGACAUUCGCACCCAACAGUCACGAGAAGAUGACAGGCGAGAACAUCACCAGGCACCUCGUGAGCUGGCCUUUUCUCUUGUAUAUGCUUGUCGAGAUCAUUCUGUUCUGCUUGCUGCUGUACUUCUACAAGGAGAAGAACGCCAACAACAUCGUCGUGAUUCUUCUCCUCGUGGCCUUACUGGGCUCAAUGACGGUGGUGACGGUGAAGGCCGUGGCUGGCAUGCUGGUCCUGUCCAUCCAGGGGAACCUACAGCUCGACUACCCCAUCUUCUACGUGAUGUUCGUGUGCAUGGUGGCCACCGCUGUCUACCAAGCCGCGUUUUUAAGUCAAGCCUCACAGAUGUACGACUCCUCUUUGAUUGCCAGCGUGGGCUACAUUCUGUCCACUACCAUUGCUAUCACAGCAGGCGCAGUAUUUUACCUGGACUUCAUCGGGGAGGAUGCGCUGCACAUCUGUAUGUUUGCACUGGGGUGCCUCAUUGCAUUCUUGGGUGUCUUCUUAAUCACCCGUAACAGGAAGAAGGCCAUUCCAUUUGAGCCCUAUAUUUCCAUGGAUGCCAUGCCAGGUAUGCAAAACAUGCAUGACAAGGGAAUGACGGUUCAGCCCGACCUCAAAGCUUCUUUUUCCUAUGGGGCCCUGGAAAACAACGACAACAUUUCUGAGAUCUGCGCUCCUGCCACGCUUCCGGUCAUGCAAGAAGAACACAGCUCCGGGGCUGCCCCCGGGGUUCCCUACCGAGUCCUGGAACACACCAAGAAGGAAUGAGCCCACCUCGCUCCCUUUAUAACUGCUCAAGCCCUGCCGAUAGUGAUUCAACCCUGAAUUCUGAAGUUUGCCUUUCGAGUCUUUUUUUUUUUUUAACCGAGAACUCUCCGGAAGGGGAUCUGGAAGAGCCUUUGUCUCUGGCAAAGAAUAUAUUAUCUUGGCUUGGAGAUUCCGGAUGUCCAGGGUGGUGGUGGGGUGGGGGAGGAUGAAAGCAGUAUUCCGGGGUGGGUGGGGCGAGUGCGGGAUUCAGACCCCGCCCCGUUCCGCCCCCACCCCCACCCCCACCCCCGGUCCCCCAGGUUGGGAGAGCCCCCAUCACCCUCGAGGAUGGUAACUGAACAUCGUAACUGAACAUCCCCCGUCGGCGACCGCAAGCUGCCACAUUCCUCGCAGCUGAAACAAGACAGAUCCUGCCCUCUCCUUUCCACAUCGAGGGAGAGGCUGGGGACCCCUGAAUCCAGUCUUCCCCUUGCCUGAUCCUCCCCAUCUCGCUCGCGAUUCCAUAUUUUCACGUAACGUUUGCGUUAUCUUCACAUGGCAUAGCGGGCCAGCCCCGGGACCCUUCUGUCAUUCACCUGCAGAAAACGCACGUGUGCCCCUUCCGGUUGUCUGUGCCUUUCUAGCGAAAACGUGCUUGAUGUGUUCAUAUUCCACCCGCGCUUGAAAGCUAAUUUGUUUUUGGUUCUGUGAACUGUAUGAUUGCCUUUUUUUUUUUUAACCCCCCCCCCCCCCAAAAGGAACGGAGAAGUUAAGAGAAGGAGGGAAAUAUCGUUCAGGAGCAUCGGUAAUGAUACGUUAGCCUGAAAAGGAAGAAACAUCCCUUCCCAUCUUACAAAAUGCGGUCGCAUCACUUACAAAAGGAUAGAAAAUCUGGCUCUUUUAUUAUGGGUAUUUUCCUGCACACCAAUGCCCUCUGGGAGGCCUGGGGGCUCUUAUUUCAGAGACAGCCUCCAUCAUUCCCCCUCCAUCCUCUCCUUUAUAGAUCAACCAACCAGACUUGAAUUAUUAGUUAAUUAACUUGGAGCUGAUAGAGACGCUGGGUCCUCCUUUCAUACGGUCCCACAUAUGUCUGGAAAAGCGAGCGUUCUCGGUAAGGGUUGCUGCUUUCUUUCAGGCUACUCACGUGAUUGUCUUCCCCUAGACUGACUAUACUUUUGAGAACGGCAAGAGUUUGCAAAUCUUAGCAUAAGGAUCCCCUAAGGAGUUUAUUUAAAAUGCAGAUUCCUACACCCCAAGCGCGGAUAUUCUAAGUGGGAAUGGCCCAGAAACGGAGUCUGCGUUCUUAAUUGGCAGUACAGGUCAUUCUGAUGCAUGUAAUCCAAGAAUCCCACACCUCAAAAGCCUAAUAAUUGCGAGAGACGGUCUGCUACAACCCCCGGGGGGCUGACACACUCCUGCCUGGAAAGUCGGAAUUAGCAUUCCUUGUUUCCCGUCUAGGGUUCACUUGGCAGGUCAAAUAAUUCCCAUAGGAUCUGUGGCAUUCAUCCAUCCAGUGAUAACUACUUAGAACUACACUUGAUGUUUCCCUAGGCAGUCUUUAACUAAUAGGCAAGAUAACAGUGUUAAUAGACCAGUGUUGAUAGAUCAUUAACCUUUAUGGAUUGUGCUUAAUACCGAUUUAGUACCUUGACUUCAAGACCCGGCAUCUGUCGCCUGUGAUAACCACUUCUGUAUUGUGUCUUAACCACUUCUGUAUUGCGUCUUCCAUGCCUAACAAGGCAGCAGACGGUGACCUUUUUUCUUUAGGAUACGUGUCCACUCAGUUCAACAAUAUUUGUGAGGCAUUACCUGUGUGUUAAUAAGCGUUUGGAUGGUGAAGGCUACAAAGAAUGACCAUGGUUCCUGCCUCCCCAGACCAGCAGAGGAAGACACAUACCCAGGAAACCGUGGCAGGGCAGGCCUGGAGAGGCGCACCUUGCAACAGUGGGCCACGGAAAAGGACAGUUUGAGGGAGGGGGCGCUGCCAAAGGUCAGACCCCAAGCCUGGAACAGGGUACUCAGAAUUGAAGGUGAUUUGGGGGUGCCGGGUUGGCUCAGUAGAGCACGCAACUCUUGAUCUCAGGGUUGUGAGUUCGAGCCUCAUGUGUGCUGUAGAGUGUACUUAGAAUAAAAAUUAAAAUUUCUGAAACUA